CAUCAGUUUGCACUCAGCGUCGCAUAGCUCGGUCAAGUGGUUUUCCGAACCCAUUUAAUUUGUUAUCCUUUGUUCCACAGCAACGAGAUUACACAAAUUCAAGUGAAAUUGAUAUGAGAAACACACAAACAAAAAGUGACGACAAAAACAUAGUGAACCGAGAAAUAUGAGCGUGCCACAAACAUUUAUUUAAAGUCAACUUCCAACUUACCUGUGCGACGAGUUUGGCAGUUUUUGUAUCCUUUUCUCUUCACUACUGACGCUUCAAAGCAGUCUGUAAAUAAAUAUGAAAACAAGAAAAAAAACACACCAUCCAACUACACUCCACACUUUCGUGCUCUUGACAAAAACCAAACAAAUAAAACAAAGAAAGCAAGACUCUCUUACGCGUCGAAAGAGCGACUUGUUUAGCGUAGUUAACAGUUUGUUUGUACACAUGCUUGAACAGUUUAUCUCUGAUCCUUAAAGCGAAUAGUACAACGUGUGUGGAAACGCGUUAAGUAACGUAACGUCGUCAAUAAUUUCAUGAUCGUUGCUUUGGAAUUCGCAAAGUCUUCUUUCUUAUCAUGUGCAACAUGUAUAAACGGCUAGCGACGCCAGUGCCAGCUGCCACACCAUUUCUCAUUAUCGUUUUGCUGGCGUUCAGCUGUCAGCUGCUCACCACUGCUAAUGACGUUACGCGCGACGGCUGCAAUGAGUUCGUUUGCGGUUCCAUCGUCUCCAAGUGCCUCUUAACGCAGAGCUGUCAGUGUAAAUUAAGCAACGCAACUUGUCUGCAAGAAUGUCUCAACUGUUUGGGCGAUUUGUAUACGGAAUGCUGCAGCUGCUUGGAUAUGUGUCCGAAGAUUACGGAUGCACUUGACGCCGCCGCGCCACGUUCACAAUAUGGUGAAUUCGAAGGCUUACCCGAACUAUUCGAAACGCUGACCGAGGAUGAUGACAACUGGACAGUGAUGCGUUUCGCCAUGCGCUCCAGUUCGCGGCGUCAUUAUGGCGCCGGAUUCGGUGUUAGUCUAGUGGGUGCCGGGAACGAUGGUGAUGCUAUUGACCGCCAAGCCUCACUACAGAAGCUACAAUCGACAGCGACAUCGGCGGUGGCGGGGGCGGGCGCGGCGGCGCAACUCAAUUGCACGGUGAUCUAUUUGAACGAGUGCAAAACGUUUCACAAAUGUGCGCAAGAUUGCGAGAAUAUGGGCGCGAAUAGUUAUCGCUGGUUCCAUGAUGGCUGCUGUGAGUGUGUGGGCGCCAACUGCCUCAGUUAUGGCAUCAACGAGAGUCGUUGCUCGGCGUGUCCAGAAGAUGAGGAGAAUGCCGCGGCUGCUGAGGAUUACGACGACGAAUCGACGUGGACCUAUGGCGAGGAGGAGAAUAAUUAUAAUUAAUUUCUUUUAUUGCGCGUCGCGUAUAUGAUGACGAGGAAGUGCCGGAAGAGCAAGAAAGAAGUUGACAUCUUUUGAAUAUGAUCAGUACCAUGAAAACCACUUCUUCCAAAAAAACAUAUACGGAUUUUACAACUAUCAGCAUUAACGUAGAGAAGCACGCUAGAUGAAUCGCUAACCCUACACAUCUGACACCGUAUACCCUUUGGUCCGAGGCCGUCGAAACAGCACGUUUCUGGGCCUACCGUUCAAUAACCUCGAUGACAACUUAACUGAUCCUUACCAUCCUAAUGGUGAUUAGGAACCCGUUACAACAACAAGAGAAGCACACACUAACUAAUAUUAUGGUAUGCCUAUACAUAUGUAACUAGUAUGCCUUGCUGUUGUCCUUCUUUCAUUUGACUAUUCUUUAAGAUGCCCUUUAAACCCACAACAUUCCUCUCAGGUAUUCUUAAUUUAACCAUACAGCUCUACAUACAAUGCACAUCAGAAUUAAAUACCAACAAACACAUAAAAAAUUCAACUCAUAGGCGAGUAAACAGUGAUAGUGAAUAGACGUGUACUCGAGAGCAACCAACACUAAACUUGAAAGAAAAAAAUGAAAACAAAUAUAUGUAUAAAUUAUAUCAACAAAGAAUUAAAAAAAACGGGCAUACUACAAAUAUACAGACACAAAUUAAAAGAGUUAAAAUAAAGACAAGAACAAACAAAAUGCACCUCGAAGACGAGAAGUCAGGCAGCUCCCCAGCCAAUAACAACCUAAGGAGCCGAAGCAAUAGCCGAAGAAAAACAACAACGAAACAAUCCGCAGGCAAUACACCAAACACGCAGGAACAAAAGAUGCGACCGACCCACGUAAACUAUAAGUACAACGAUACCCAUAAAGGAUCCUAUAUUGUGUACCUAGACAAAAAAACCAAAAACGAUAAAGAAGAGUACCAAUUGACGCGA